UGAACUGCUCUGUUUAUAUCAAGUUUACAACUUUAUCUAAGGUGUUAUUUGCUUUAAUAUCCAGUUUCGGUUUCAAAUGCGGAUGAAUUUAACAGUCGACGAUAAUUUAAAACUUUGAAUUCUACUAGUGGAUUAAUCUAUCAAGAAAAUGCCUGGCAAAACAAAAAUGAUGCUUAGUGAUCGGGUUGCUUGCGCACUGAAGCAAUCCAUUCUGGAAUUAUGUCGUGAAGCAGUUGACAACCCGUGUCGUCUUGAGGUUGAUGGAAUUAUAUGUUUGACUGUGAACGGCAAAUAUCAACACGUCGUAAGAAUACAUGAACUCUUUGAUAGACCAAACGAUAACGAAAAUGAAAUGGAUACGACAAAGGACAUUUCAAAUAAAGGCCAACACGAUAUAACUCCGUGUGCAGAUAAAUGUGUUGCACAAGAAAAUGAACAUAAAAGGCGUAAAGCGUCCAAAACAACAUACGACAACACCGAAACGAAUAAUUCGGAUCAGAUGAAGAUUUUGAUUCAAACCGAUAAAGACACUGAUGGAAACACUUUUCCCGAAAUUAAACAGGAAGAUUUCAACAUAAAAGGUACUUCACAGCAAAAGCCGAAAUCUACUCCGCAGAUUUCUUCAGAUUCUCAUACAUUGACUGAUCGUCCAGGCUUAGAAGAGAUGUAUAAAAAAACGUCUACCACAACACAAGACAACGCCAAUAAGAAUUUUGCGGAUCGGAUAAAGAUUGAAGUUGAUGAUGUUUUUAUUCAACCUGAACCAGAAACUCAGGGAAACACGAACCCUGAAAUAAAACAGGAAGAAGCCAACGUAGUAGGUACUUCUUUGCAAAAGCAAAUGUCCACAACACAGAUUUUCCCAGCUAUUCGUACAUUUUCUGAUCGUCCAGGCUUAGAAGAGAGGUAUAAAACGUCUACCACAACACAAGACAACGCCGAAAUGAAUAUUUCGGAUCGGAUAAAGAUUGAAGCUGACAACAUUUCGAUAAAACCCGAACCAGACACCGAUCGAAGGAGUUCUCCGCAAAAACAACAUAAGGAUGACAGAACAACUGAAGAACCAAAGUCUCCUUUUCAGAUUUGUUCAGAUACUGUAACAUUUUCCAAUCAUGCAAGCUUGGAAAAUAUUUGUAAAAUUCCAAACAUAGCAUAUGACAACAAUGAAGAACCAAAGUCUACUUUUCAAAUUUGUUCAGAAAUUGUAACAUUUGCCGAUCAUGCAAGCUUUGAAAAGAGUUGUAAAACACCCAACAUAGCAUAUGCCAACACUCAAAAGAGUAUUUCGGAUGGGAUAAUGAUUGAAGCCGAGGCAGACACUAAUGGAACAGGUUAUCCCGGAAUACAACAAGCAGACGACAACAUGAAAGGUACUCCUCUACAAGAUCCUAAGUCUACUACACAUAUUUCUUCAGAAACUCGAACAUUUGCGGACCAUUUGAACUCAGAUGAUAAGAAAAUAAGCACGUCGUCUGAAACGAAUAUUCCAUGUAAAAUAUGCCACAGUACCUUUGAGAAUGUUGAACUAUUCGAAGCUCACAAUUUGGCAGAACAUGAUCAUUCUACGUGCAUUGGUUGCCUUGCUACUUUUACGUCGCGAAGUAAUAUGAAGAGACAUGUGCUCUUAAAGACAUGUAUUAAACCAUACGCCUGCAAAAAAUGCCCGAAAAAGUUUUCUCAUAACGAUGGUUUAAAAAAACAUUUACGAACACACACAUUCAAGUUCCGAUGUGCUCAAUGCAAAACCGGAUAUUCGAACAGAGCAUGUGUGAAAAAACACAUGAUAAAACAACACGACUCUAAAGAUUUCCACGUUUGUCCGCAAUGUGGUGAAAGUUAUAUUGAUAUUGUUAAGUUCCAACAACAUAAGAAGUUACACCCAGAACUGCAGGACUAUCAGUGUUCGGUUUGUUCGUUUAUGGGAUCAAAUUCUUUGAUAUACAACAAGCAUAUGUUAACACAUGGACCACUUAAGGAGUAUAAAUGCACAUAUUGUAAUAUGUCCUACUCAGAUCCUUUUAUGUAUACGAGUCAUUUGGUGAUACACAAAGGUAAUGAACAUGUACAAUCAUACACAUGUUGCUUUUGCGAAAUGACUCUCCAGACAUAUGAACAGUUUCAAAGACACGAACGAACGCACGUACUCUCGAAACAACACACGUGUGAAGUGUGUUAUAAGGCAUUUAAGUCUGCUUAUAGAUUGCGAGUACACAUGUUGUCGCACGUUACAAAGUCAACCCACCAAGACACCAGCAUGACUGACAAUGAAGAACCAAAAGAUGGUGUACCAUCUAAAACAGCAAGAGAUGACAGUUUGAGCAAUGACUUACAUGAGAUGGAGACUGAUGAAGAAAACAAUUAUAAAACCAAUACAGACGAUGAAGAUGACCUUUUGGACGACGAAGUUAUUAUGGUUGAUAGAGAAGCAAGCAACGAAUGUAAUGACUAUCUGUGCAUAGAGUGUAACCAAGAUUUCAGUUCGGAUAAAGAACUUCAGAAUCAUGAAUGUAACACGCAUUCUGUAAAUGAAGACCUAGAGCACAAUAAAUGCAUAGUUGAACUGAGUAAAAAGAAAAUGACAAACCCGUAUGAAGAAUCAACGCAAAUGGAAACAAAACAAAGCUUUAUCUACAACGAAGAAACUGUGAACGAAACAGUUACAUGUGGUGCAUGUCAGGCGAUAUUUUCUGUCUCUAAAGGUUUGGAGAAUCACUUAAAGUUAUACCCGGAUCAUAAACUGUAGAUCUUAUUAUUAUAUUGUAAAAUGGCACAUGUAUAUUCUGUUGCAUUGAAAUCAAGGAUUUCGUUUCUUCUUAUAGACGCUUUAAUUAAUGCAAUGUAAGGUAGUAGAAAAAAGACUGACUCAUGAAAAUGCUUAUCCGCCUUAUCGGAAGAACCGUGGACCGUUUUUACUACUUUAUCAAAUUACCCUUCUUUUAAAGUGAAAAAAAUAUAUGUGUGAUAUGUAAUGUUCUUUUUGAAAAAUGGGCAUUGGGUUAUUAAUAUUAAAUAAGGCAAUGGAUUUUGUCCAAUUGAAAAAACAAACUGUUAGUCAUUGAUUCAGGAACAGAACUAGCCACUGUGUCCGAUUAAUCUAUUCUAUGUCCAAGUCAGGGAGGUAUUUACUUAUAAAUGAAAACUUUAAAUGGAACAUACAAAUAAAUCAUUUAAAUAUACUAAAUAACAAAAAACGAAUUGCUCUCUUAAAACAUAUCUCGUUUUAUCAGCUGAUAAGAAAGCUAGCCUGUAAAUUUAUCAUGUUUUUAUUUCUAUAAUAUUACAUGGGGUACAUAUGUACUUGAAACUGAGUAUCCUUGAAUUACAGAAACGCGCUGAAAAGAUUAUAUAAUAACUGAUAAAACGCCAUCUUUACAAAUAUUUCUUAAAUUAAAUUGGUUUAAAUGCACGUUUUAUACUACAUUAUUAGUACAUUUUAUUUAAAUUUAUAAUAUGUUUGAAAACCUUGCAUUUCAGAUAUCCUACUGUUCUAGAAAAUGAAUCGCGUACACUUAAAUAAACAUAAUACAUGCUAGACGCGCUUUUAUGUAUAAAGCUAUUAAAAUGCUCAUCUGUGUGUAUGUGUGUGUGCGUGUGUUUGCGUGCGCCUUGGUGCGUGUGUGUGUGAAAUAUGAAAAAUAGACAUUAACUUGCUAUGCAAUCGUAAUAAACAUGAUAGAUGCAUAUGACUGUCGAUUUAAAUGCUUGCUGUUAAACAUGUAUUUCUUAUUUGUGUUUUAUGUGUUCUUUUCAUUGUUUAAUUGAUACCAAAUAGUUAUCAUUAUUAUUCCAAGUUAUUAUAAACGUUCAAGCAAUUAGCAUAAUAAAAUUUACUAGAUUUUUAAAAUCUUCAAAUAUUUAUAUUUUGAAUAAAUUAGAAAUUAUUAUGUGUUUGCUGUUUAUCUUUCGUCUGUGUAUAUACAAAUUUGAAUUUUCAUUGCUUACUUCACUUGAAGACAAUAUUGUAAAUAGCAAAUUCGUUUCUUAAUGUUACUUUCAUGUUUACUUUAAUAUUCCAAGAUUUUAUUAUACACGUUCAAGCAUGUUAAAAUUUACUAUAUUUUUAAAAUCAUCAAAUUAUCAGAAGCUUGUUAGUUAUUUGUUGUGAUUGUAAUUUUUAAGUUAUACAUAUAUCGUUGCGCCAUACAUAAAAAUCCGUAUACGACAAAAGGUCAUUGAAUAUCAAAAUGUCUCGCCAUUAUUAUUUAUAUAAUGAUGAACUGCAAAUGUUCAACUCAGAUAAAUGAAUUUUCUGUUCUAUAAAGUUAACAUUGAUAUUCUAAGAAAACUUUAAGAUAUUGAAACUCUUAAUAAAAGUUUAAAA